GUGCGCUCUGGCGCCACUGCGCUCUUCCCACUUGGGUUUGACCUACAGCCGCCCGAGAAAAGAUGGCCGCCCCAGCAGCGUCUCGGCUGUCCCUACAGGUGCGGAGCUUCAGUACCUCUGCGGUCAGGCCCUUUGCCAAGCUUGUGAGGCCCCCUGUUCAGAUAUAUGGUAUCGAAGGGCGCUAUGCCACUGCCCUGUAUUCUGCGGCAUCUAAACAGAAUAAGCUGGACCAGGUGGAAAAGGAGUUGCUGCGAGUGGGGCAACUCCUAAAGGACCCCAAGGUGUCUCUCGCUGUCCUCAAUCCCUACAUCAAGCGCUCCAUCAAAGUGAAAAGCCUGAAGGACAUCACAACGAAGGAGAAGUUCUCUCAGCUGACGGCCAACCUCAUGAAUUUGCUUGCUGAAAACGGUCGCCUAGGCAACACCCAGGGAGUCAUCUCCGCCUUUUCCACCAUCAUGAGUGUUCACCGUGGGGAGGUGCCAUGCACAGUGACCACGGCAUCUCCUUUAGAGGAAGAGGUUCUCACUGAGUUAAAGCUGGUGCUCAAGAGCUUCCUGAGUCAAGGCCAAGUCCUGAAAUUGGAGUUGAAGACCGACCCAUCAGUCAUGGGUGGGAUGAUUGUUCGAAUCGGGGAGAAGUACGUUGAUAUGUCCACAAAGAGCAAGAUUCAGAAGCUCAGCCAGGCCAUGCGAGAGUUACUCUGAGAAGCCGUCACCCAAGAGAGCUCUCGUCCUUGGAGCAACAAUAAAAUGCUUCCUGAACAGAGGACUUGAAGUUCCUUGUCCUGUAAGGACAGCGCCAGCUUUUCAUCCUCCUCAGGGUUCCUCUGGUGUCAAGGCUAGAAAGUCCUUCAGGCUGGAGGACUUGGUGUCUCUGUGUUAACUGAGGAAUUCAUUGAUUAAAUUGACAUUAUACCUUC